AUGGGUGGCUCGUCAGAGACGAAGAUCCUACAAGAACUCAUACUUUACGCGGCGAGCGCUGCUUUCAGCUGCUUGGUUCUGUUUGCGAGUCUCCGGCAUCUCGACCCUAAUCGCGAGGCGGCUAAAAAAGCUCUCGAGCAAAAGAAGGAAAUCUCCAAGCGUUUGGGUCGUCCUCUUAUUCACACCAAUCCAUACGAGGAUGUAAUUGCGUGUGAUGUGAUCAAUCCAGAUCACAUUGAAGUUGAAUUUGGUUCGAUUGGAGGAUUGGAGUCAAUCAAGCAGGCUUUGUACGAGCUUGUGAUUCUACCGUUGAAGAGACCUGAGCUUUUCGCUUAUGGGAAGCUGCUUGGACCUCAAAAGGGUGUCUUGCUCUAUGGUCCUCCUGGUACUGGUAAGACUAUGCUUGCCAAGGCUAUUGCCAAAGAAUCAGGAGCCGUCUUCAUUAACGUUCGUGUCUCAAAUCUCAUGAGCAAGUGGUUUGGAGAUGCUCAAAAGCUUGUUUCUGCUGUAUUUAGCUUGGCGUACAAACUCCAACCAGCGAUCAUCUUUAUUGAUGAAGUUGAUAGCUUUCUUGGUCAGCGCCGUUCAACAGAUCAUGAAGCAAUGGCGAACAUGAAGACUGAGUUCAUGGCCUUAUGGGAUGGAUUUUCUACUGACCCGAACGCGAGGGUUAUGGUUCUUGCUGCGACUAACAGACCAUCAGAGCUUGAUGAAGCGAUACUGAGGCGUCUUCCUCAGGCCUUUGAGAUUGGAAUGCCUGACCGGCGGGAGAGAGCUGAGAUAUUGAAAGUGACUCUGAAAGGAGAGAGAGUGGAACCGGGUAUUGACUUUGAUCAAGUGGCUCGCUUAUGCGAAGGCUACACAGGAUCAGACAUCUUCGAGCUCUGCAAGAAAGCAGCUUACUUCCCUAUCAGAGAAAUCCUAGAGGAAGAGAGAAAGGGAAGACCUUGUCCGGAUCCGAGGCCAUUGUCACAGUUGGAUUUGGAGAAGGUUCUUGCGACGUCGAAGAAGACACAAGUUGCAGCAGGAGAGUACUCUGGAUUGAGAGGCUCAAGGGAACCAGAUGAGGUCCAAGCAGCGAUAAGUGGAAUCUCGAAGCUUUUAGUUUCUCAGAUCAUUAACCUUCAGUCAGAUUCUCAGGAUUCAUGGCAGCGAGAUCCUGAAGAAGAAUUCAGUCGAUUCUUCACUCUUCAUUUCCACUCGGAGGGUUAUUGUGAUUGGGAUCUAAGUCUUCAGAUCAUGAAUUUUCUUCGUGGAGCCUUCAAGCCUGCGUGCAACAUUUCAAUCGCUUUUUCUGAUGGCAAAAACCGUAAACAGGUUCCCAUGAAGAAAGAAAAUGGUCAAACAGCUAUGGUGCCACUUUUCCAUAGUCAAGAGACUAUUUCCGGGAAGGUUUGCAUUGAACCAUAUCAAGGGAAAAAGGUGGAGCAUAAUGGUGUAAAAGUUGAGCUUCUUGGUCAAAUAGAAAUGUACUUUGACAGAGGAAACUUUUAUGACUUCACUUCCUUAGUUCGUGAACUGGAUGUCCCUGGAGAUAUAUACGAAAGAAAGACAUACCCUUUUGAGUUUCCUACUGUUGAAAUGCCAUAUGAGACAUACAAUGGUGUGAAUGUGCGGCUAAGAUAUGUCCUCAAAGUAACCCUCACUCGUGGCUACGCUGGAAGCAUCUUGGAACACCAGGAGUUUAUGGUCCGAAACUACGCUCCACUUCCUGAAAUUAAUAACAGCAUCAAGAUGGAAGUUGGAAUUGAGGAUUGCCUGCACAUCGAAUUUGAGUACAAUAAAAGCAAGUAUCACCUUAACGAUGUCAUCCUUGGGAAGAUAUAUUUCCUUCUUGUGAGAAUCAAGAUGAAGAAUAUGGAUCUUGAGAUCAGACGACGGGAAUCAACAGGUGCAGGUGCUAACACUCAUGUCGAGACAGAAACACUUGCGAAAUUUGAGUUGAUGGAUGGAACUCCCGUUAGAGGUGAAUCGAUACCGGUAAGACUGUUCCUAGCCCCAUACGACCUUACACCAACGCAUCGCAACAUUAACAACAAAUUCAGCGUCAAGUAUUACCUGAAUCUUGUGCUGGUAGACGAAGAGGAUCGCCGAUACUUCAAGCAGCAAGAAAUCACGUUGUACAGGUUGCAGGAAGACACAUCAUCCUGA